AUCCAGACCCAGGGACUAGAAAAUACCAGCAUAAGAGGAAGAGAUAAAAGCAUUCUGUCAAAAGAUGAUGCGUUUCUGAACAAGAAUUGCAGCACAGCUUGUCUUGCUGAACCUGACAGGAGUCAAUGAUGGCAAGAAAACCAAGUUCUGCACUGCAUGCUCUUUGGAUCCUUUUCUUUUCAUAUGCGACAAAUGAAAUUAUGGCUACAGGACACGUGCAGGACUUUGCGUGCUUCACUGACUAUGCUGAAGAACUGGUUUGUCAUUGGAAGGUGCCUGCACAGACAAACUGCUCCAAAGAAUUCCUGCUCUGUUACAGGAGUGAAUUUUCAUCUCCACAAAGUUAUGUGUGUGUCCCUGAGAAUGGGGAAGAGACUUCCACAUGCACUUGCACAAUAUAUCCUGAUUUUUUUGUAUCGGGCCUUACCUACUUUAUAGCUCUGCAGUUCAAUGGGACUAAUACAGGGAAUUACAGUGUUACACCAGCCUUGGUUGUUAAACCAAGGGCCCCCAAAAACCUUGCCAUUGAGAAAGCUGAAAAUGGUAAUUACAAUCUAAGCUGGGAAGAGAGCUAUUCUUCAUCCCUGCUCUCUGGACAGCCAGUGAUCUAUGAAGUAAAAUAUUGGAGCAAGCAGGACCCCACAGAGGUUUCUAUAAAAUCAAUUAACUAUCAGACAAGAAGUUUUGAAAUCAUUGCAAGCUCUUUGAGGAAAGGAUAUGAUUAUGUUGUAACCAUACGGUGUAACUAUACAGACUAUCCAGCCUACUGGAGUGACUGGAGUGACAGAAUUGAAUUUCACUGUGAUUAUCAAGUAACAACUGAAGACAUUCUGCAGAUGGCUGUUCCUGUAACCUGCAUACUGAUAAUGGCAGUAACUGUGAUUUGUUACUUCUGUUUUACCAAAGUCAAGAAGGAAUGGUGGGAUCAAAUUCCAAAUCCAGCCAAGAGCCAUUUGGUUGUGAAAAAUGUCAAGUUUUCAGUUUUUUGCCACAUUGAUGAAAUUAAGUUCCCUUUCUACGACUUAAAGCAGAGUCAUAUGGAAAACCAUAUCAGAAGUUGCAGGAACUGUCUGGCUCGAAGUUUGUCAGGCCAAAGCUUCAAAGAAAAAGAUAACAUCACAAACAUUGAGAAAGCUUGCCUUUGCCACAGCAAGUCUGGUGACUGGUUCUCAAAAGGUUGUGAUUCAGUUUUAACCCCUGAAACAAUUCUGGUUGAAAAGUCGCUUGAAAUCUGUGAAUGUUCACCAGGCGUUGAGGCAGAGAGUCAGGAAGAAACUCCUAACCAAGUCACCAUGCUUGAACCUUGUGAGGGCAGUGCGAGUCCUUUCAGGGAACACAUUGAACAUAAUGAUGCACUAGCUAAUAUGUUCAUUAAGCUCCUGGCAGAUGAAAACAACAUGCAAGACAAUAAAGAUGCAGACAUCAUCGCAGAUGAGAAUAAAACCUCUGAGAGACUUGAGUCAGAAAACCCAUUACAACAAAAUUCAAAAGUAAAUGCAGACCUGCAUCAGCAACUGCGUGGUGUUUUUCACACAGACUCUUUUUUCUCUGAAGUCUCACAAAGUGACUAUAAUUGCAGUAUAGCCAGCAAGAAGUCAUCACAAUCAGAAGAAUCCUUUGAAUCUGGGUAUCAAAGCUCCAGCACUAAUUCUGGUACUCUAGAAGCAAGAGAUUCUCUGGAUAUGCUUGACCAAAGUCUUUUUUUGAGCAGUUCUGAAAUGCAGCAUGACUUGUCUGUCCUUAUUCAGGAAUCACCAAAUGAACCAGCCUUUGAUAUCAUGAAAAAUGGGAUAAUCAACUCCACCCACAAGAGCUUUGACACCCUCGUGUCUGCAUCCACAGGGCCCUGCAGCUCUGCAUACAAGAGUUUUGACACCCUCGUGUCUGAAUCCACGGGGCCCUGCAGCUCUGAGUACAAGAGUUUUGACACCCUUGUGUCUGCAUCCACCGGGCCCUGCAACUCUGCAUACAAGAGCUUUAACACCCUCGUGUCUGCAUCCACAGGACCCUGCAGCUCUGCUUACAAGAGCUUUGACACCCUCGUGUCUGCAUCCACAGAACCUUUUAGUGCUGAAUACAAGAGCUUUGACACCCUUGUAUCUACAUCCACGGGCACUGAUAGCUCUGCAUACAAAAGCUUUGAUACUCUUCUCUCUCAGUCUGUGGCUAGCAAUAGUCUGACUCCAUGUUCUGAAAACGUAUGUUCUUCACCACCUUUGACGCAGUUUUCAGAGAAUCCAAAACUUUGCUGCAGAGGUGAAAUUUAUCAACCCUAUAGUGAUCAGAGAUGUUAUGCCAGCUACAAAUCUCCCUGCACUGAGCUUGAUUUUCAAAGUAUCUGUUCAAAUCAUAUUGAUUUUCCAUCUCUCUCCACACAUGCAAAUGACAGAGCUUCAACUUUGCUACCAGAGGAGGAAAUGCAUAAGCAAAUAACAUACAAAAAUGUUCAGAAGAAAGCAGAUGUAAUUUCUUGCCCUGUUGGACCUCAACAAUCUGGUUAUCGAUCUUUUGAUACUGCUGUUAAAUGCAGUGGUACAGACUUUGACAAUGAGGUUAUCUGUAGGUCACAGCAUGAACCCUUUAUUAAUAUUCUAUACAACAACCUUAGAGAAGCACCUGCAGAUAUCAUUAUCCAUGAACCUGAUCAGAAGACAGACAGCCACGUAUGUUUGAUUUUACAGAACUUUAAUAGUGGCAUUGUCCAAGGUUUAGCCACUAGUGAGAAUGUCUCACACAACAACGAUAACAGGAUUUGGUUUAUCAACUCUAAUGAGCUGUCCAGUGACAACAAAGAUGAAAACACCAUCAGAGCCUUAGAACUUUUGCAUUUGUUAGAGCUGAACUCUCAAGAUUUUAAAAGCAGAGAAAAAACUAUGAAGGAGGCAAAACUUGACAGUUUUGACUGCUCUGGUAAAGGAGUGCAAGAGAGUAGCAGUAACAGACGAAAUGCUGGAUUCCAGUACCACRCACAUACCCAUUUGAAGAAGCCUGCAAGUACAGGGGAAAAUAAAGAGGUGAUUCAGCAUGUGGCAAUCAGAAGAUGGGGCUUGGCUGCUAACCUAGUAGAAGAAUCACUGGAGAGCAAAGUACAAAGCUUGAAAAGAAAAACUGCAGACUCCCUGGAACAGCUAGUCAUAGACAAGCUUUCAAUACCUCUUUCUGUAGAUAGCUCCUGUCCUUUUUAUUCCUGUACCAUUUCCAAUGAGGGAUCCAAACUGACACCUCUUCUUAAAAAAAGACCAGCAGAACUAUUGAGGAAAAAAAAUAGAAAGAAUGAGAAAAAAGUGAAACUUCUCCAACUCCUUGCCCAGGAGGAUAAUUAUAUGAAGGCAUGCCUAAAAUGAGGGCCACCACCCCCAGUUCAGACAAGGAUUCAUCGAGUUGAACACUCGUAUGCUACAGGGCUGGCAACAACUGUAUAACGCAGGCCCCUAGAGGCCUCAACAGUUAGUACCUAACAAUCACAGCGACAACUUUCUCAAGAAAGUGGAACCAAAGCUAAGGUUUCGCUGGACCUGAUCCCCCUUCAAAAAGUGAGCAGCAGCUGCAUAAAAUAGGAGUUCUUAUUCAGUACAGCUCCUGUGAUAAUUGCUUUGGCUCUAUGUAUGAUUGGAAAGCACACAAAGAUGUUACAGGAGGUGCUAAUACAUCUAGAAGUUGUAAGUAUUGUAAGGCAAAGGAAAGUGACUGAGUUGCACUGACAGCAUCACACAUUUCCCAUGAACAACAUCACACAUUUCCCAUGAAUUAACUUACUGGAAAAGUGAAAGAUGUCAUAUGUGACUGGCCCCUGGCCAUUUUUCAGGAUUAGUUUCUUGUACAAACUACAGAGUGUACACACCUGCAAUUAUUAUGUAAACAGAAUUASUUCAUACUUCCACUGCUGUAAAUGGAAUCAGGUAUUUCUAAACUCUGUUUCCCCAGAAAGCCCAUCUAGUGUAUGGUCAAACUCCUCUGAAUUGAUAGAGCAUUAUUCUGCAUCCUGUUCAGCCCAGACAGAGUGGAGGAUUAUGCUCCAAGCUUGAAAAUAGUGCAUCUGUUGCUGGGUAAUUUUUCAAAAAAAUUUUGCUCAUGACUCUGAACUUUUCUAGGGCAUUAGCAUUCAUUUUUGGCAUUGUGUYCCACCCUAAUGUGUUGGCAGUAUUGCAAAAUAGUUAAGAACUGUUGCAAUCAUUUCAUAUCUCAAGGCAAUUCUUAUUACGCAGAAAACCCUAUUUCCGUACCUCAUACACAGAAGAGAUAAGAGCAACUCUACGAGCAAAUCUGUAACUGCUGCACUGCAACAGAUUUGACAUGUUUGUGAUCACAAUUUUUUAUCACAGCUCUUUCUUCAAAGUUCUUGUUGGCCAUGUAUUAAAUGUUCACACAGUUUUUGCAGCAUUUAAAAAAUGAUAUGUAAGCUCUGGAAGGAUACAGCAAAGUAUCUGUAUUCAGAAGUGAUAUCUAACAUUUGUAUAGGCACUGGUAUCUAGCCUACUUUCAUUAAGGUGGGUGAUAGGAGUAGAUCCCACUGUGCAUAGUUUAGCUUCUGAUGAGGAUAUUAAAAAAUAGCCAUUGAAAAUAUUGGGUUAAAUUUUGUUCUAUUUUUUGAUGAGGUUUAAUUCCAUCAGAAAUACUCUGCACCUUCAUGAUUGCGGUCAGCUAUAGUUAAAUCCACAUGUGUUCUGUGAUGUGGGACAGCUGUGAGGCACUCACAAAUAGCACAUCUUUUCAGGAUUAUCAAACAAACCUUCACUGAAAUGGUGAAACAGGAACAUGCAAAGAGGUUACGGUCAGCCUCAUGAGUGUGCUGACUAACUUCCCCAAAGUCAUGCAAAAUCAAGUAUAAGCAUAAACUCACAGCUAGUUGCUGCAGCUAUGUGUAAUUGGUUACUCACUGUUUACUGGACUGUAAAGGGAGGCAUAAGGACACAAAUCAUGCUUUCUUCUGCUGCCCUAUUGGGGGAAUUCUUCUGGACACAUGCACCUGGUUGCAGCAGCCAGGAAAGCUCCGCUCAUGUCAGGGUUGGAAAAUUGGUGGCUCCAGCAGCUCCUUGCUAUGGUUUGCCCUCUUCAUUUGCCUUUUCCUUACCUUUGCUUUCUACAUAGCUGUGUCUUCCUGCCCCUUCAUUUUCAUUGCAUAGCUUUCCUCAACUUUUGUGUCCUACUCUUUUCCUCCUUUCACUCUUUCCU